AUGUCCGGCUGUGUUGGCGCUUGCCGUUGGACUGGCCUUCUCCACGUGCUGCUGCUGAUGCUGCUGUUCGUUGGACUGGCUGACAGUGCAGGCGUCAAACAGAGCGUGCCCAGAGUCAAGUUGAGCUACAAAGACCUGGUCCAUGGUGGCACCGUGUCCAUGCUCUUGGGGCCUUCAGAUGGGCUGCACUCCCACACUUUAUACCUGGAUGAAGAGAGGGGCCGACUGCUGGUAGGGGCCCGUGACCACAUCUACCUGCUGGACCCCGACAGUCCCCAGAAGGCCCCUAAGAAGAUCCAGUGGCCAGCCUCCAGGGAGCGCAUGGACGUGUGCAGACAGGCUGGCAAACACCCAACUUUGGAGUGUGCCAACUAUGUCCGCGUCCUACACAACUACAACCACACACACCUGUACGCGUGCGGGACGGGAGCCUUCCACCCGGUGUGCGCCUACCUCCGCCUCACGGGACAUGCACAGGACGGAGUGUUCCAGCUGCUGCAGGACACAGAGGAGUCUGGACGACUGAAGUGUCCGUUUGACCCGGCUCAGCCCUUCACCUCUGUGCUCACAGAUCAGUUCCUGUACUCGGGCGCGUCCUCAGACUUCCUGGGUAAAGAUGCUUCGUUCACCCGCUCGCUGGGCCCUGCUCCGGACCAGUCUGUGAUCCGCACCGAGGUCUCCCAGGACUACUGGAUCAACGAGGCCAAGUUCAUCUCGGCUCACCCCAUCUCCGACACGUACAAUCCAGAUGAUGACAAGAUCUAUCUGUUCUUCCGUGAGGUGUCCAGCGAGGGCAGUGACCAGAGGGUGGUGUCCCGUGUGGCUCGGGUCUGCAAGAAUGACGUAGGCGGGCUGCGCAGUCUGACCCAUAAGUGGACCACGUUCCUGAAGGCCCGCCUAGUCUGCUCUGUACCAGGGGAAGACGGAGUGGACACACACUUCGACAUGCUGCAGGACGUCUUCAUGCUCCCAAGUAGAGACCAAAGGAACCCCAAAGUGUACGCGGUCUUCACCACCUCCAGUUCCUUGUUCCCCGGCUCUGCAGUCUGUGUGUACAACAUGGCCGACAUCCGGGCAGUGUUCAACGGGCCCUACGCGCACAAGGAAGGCCCCGACUACAGAUGGGUGGAGUACGAGGGCCGCAUCCCCUACCCCCGGCCUGGGACGUGUCCCAGUGCCACGUACGACCUGCGCAUCAAGAGCACCAAGGACUUCCCGGACGAGGUGGUGGCCUUCAUGCGUCUGCACCCGCUCAUGCAGCGCACUGUGGCACCUGUAGGGGGCAGGCCUGUGUUCACACGACUGCGCGCAGACUACACCCUCACACAUAUAAGGGUGCACAGGGUGUCGGCGGAGGACGGGCACUACGAGGUCAUGUUCCUGGGCACGGACGUGGGCUUGCUGCUCAAAGUGGUGUCCCUCUCUCAGGAGAGCUGGGCCCCAGAGGAGCUGAUCCUGGAGGAGCUGCAGGUCUUCCAGACUCCCAGCCCCAUCCUGAGCAUGGAGAUAUCUUCUAAGCAGCAGGUGCUGUUCGUGGGCUCCGCUGUGGGCCUGGCGCGAGUCUCCAUGAGCCGCUGUGAGGCGUACGGUAAAGCCUGUGCCGAGUGCUGCCUGGCCCGGGACCCCUACUGCGCCUGGGACGGUCACACCUGCGCACGCUACGUCCCCGCGGCCAAGAGACGCGCUAGACGCCAGGACAUUAAAAACGGAGACCCUGCCACUCAGUGCUGGGACACAGAGGACCGCCUCAGGAGCAGAGGUGCAGAGGAGAAGCUGCUGUUUGCUGUGGAGAACAACUCCACGUUCCUGGAGUGUGAGGCCUCCUCUCCACAGGCCUCCAUCAGCUGGUUCUUCCAGAGUCCAGGGUCUGAGCACCAAGAGGAGAUCAAGGCAGAUGACCGCAUACUCUACACAUCACGGGGCCUCCUCCUCCGCUCGGUCCGACCCUCCGACACCGGCCUCUACACCUGCCUGGCCCAGGAGCACUCCCACUUCAGCCACACCCUCCUCCGGAUCCGCCUGAAGCUCGUCACCCGUGCUCAGCUCACCUCCAAACCUGCAGAGGACCCACAAACCAGGGCCCCGUCCAAGCAGCGCUACAAGGACUACCUCCGGCUGAUGAGCGCCUCCUACGGGUCGCUGGAGGAGUACUGCGACUCGCUCUGGCUGGAGAAGAAGGCGCCCAAGGCCAGGGGGAGGGGCUUAGGAGUGGGAGGAGCCAAGUGGAAACACGUGCAGGAGAUGAAGAAGAGCCGGAACAGGAGACACCACAGAAAGGAAGAGGAGGAGCAGCGUUAG